AUGGCCGAGCCUUCUGGGAACGAGCUGGCGUCCGCGGCUGCCAAGGGGGACCUAGUGCAACUUACUAAUUUGUUGCAAAAGAAUGUAAACGUCAAUGCACAAAAUGGAUUUGGGAGGACUGCGCUGCAGGUGAUGAAACUCGGGAACCCCGAAAUCGCCCGGCGGCUGCUCAGUAACGGGGCGAACCCCAAUCUGAAAGACAGCACCGGCUUCGCCGUCAUCCACGACGUAGCCAGGGAGGGCUUUCUGGACACUUUGCAGACUCUGCUGGAGUUCAAAGCCGAUGUUAACAUUGAGGACAACGACGGCAACCUGCCCUUGCACUUGGCGGCCCAGGAGGGGCACGUGCGGGUGGUGGAGCUGCUGCUGGCGCGCUCCGAGUGCAAGGUGGGCCACCAGAACAAGCGGGGGGCCACCGCCUGCGACCUGGCCAGGCUCUACAGGAGGGCGGCCGUGGUGCAGCUCCUGGAGGCCAGCAGCUCCUUCCCCCCCAGCAUGGACUGAACCCCGCUAGGACGGGGUCUCCUUUGGACGUGAGGGCGUGCAGACUUAUUGGGGUGUUUCCCCCUCCUCUUUAACAACGUUUGUUGCCACAUUACUUUUUUUUUUUUCCUCUCUCUCUCUCUCUUUUUUUUUUUUUUUUAAUUUUGAACAGCUGGUAGUGUAAGUCUCAAGAAAUUCCAGAGGUGGGUUUUUAGGUAACAGAAAGGUUUUAAAUCCAUGCUCCCAGCAGUUUCCUAUAUCUUUCACUUUACACAGUACUCCCAGGAUCAUCUGUGUGUAUUUUGGUUGCUCAUAUCUAGUUUUCCAGUAUCAACUUUUACAAUUUAUUUUAGGUCAUUCGUAUCAAGUCAUUAAUACAAGAGCUACUAUUCACAUGUUAAAUAUUGCUGGACUUUUAAGAAAAGGCAAUAGUUUACUGUGAUUUCUCCCACCUCUCAAUGCACCCCUCCCUUCUCACUCCCCCCACCCCUUUUGGUCAGGCUCAAGAGUCUGAGGUCCUGUUUUAGAUAAAAACAUCC